AUGUCUGACAUGACGCGGAAGGAACUGGAGGUGUACCGGUCGCAGGCUGAUGUACUGCAGUAUCAGCAGCGGAAUGCAGAAGUUCUUGCAGGAGACAUCUCAAAGGAGGCGAACCUUGCCCUGCAAGAGCUAGGUCGUGAGAUCCUGCACUUGUCGUCGACAUUGGACCAAGUUGUCGGUGAGGACCGGGGAGUAUCUGAAGUUGAGAAUGAUGACAUGGCGCAAGAGAUCAACAGGCUGGAAGAUCUUAACUUCCUCGCCGAGACGUCUCUGCUGAAGUACACGAGUGAACUUGAGGAUUCGAGGAGAAUGCUGGAUGAGGCGGUAUCGAGGGUGGUUGAGCUCGAAGACGCCCUUAAGAAAUUUGAGGACAGCAAAAUGUACCAUGAGACCAAGACGAUACAAGCUCAAGAAAGCAAUGUCGUCAUGGAAGAAAACAACAAGAUGGGGAACAUGGAUUCUCCGUCAAGGAAUAGCGUUGAGAUGGAUGGAGAAGACGACAAGAAGAAAAUCAUCCGCCUGGUUGCAAGUAUACAAAAUCUGCAGGAAGUUCAGGCGAGAGUGGAGUUAGACUGUGUCGAUCUUUGCGAUCAAAUGAAUGAGAUCAACGAAAUCUUGAAGGGAUGCUGCUGCAAAGAAUGCAGAGACAAGUCAAGGGAGUUCCUUGGCCAAAUGGAAAAGUUGCAGAAGAGCAAUCUGUCAUGCCAACGCUCUCCUCAGCGCAACCUGAUCGCUGCCAACCUGAUCGCUGCCAACGCGCAGGAGCACAUCGUCUCUCUCAACAAGGAGUUGACGGAAGUGGAGAAGGAGCGCGAUCAGCUCAUAUCGCAGCUUGAGCUCUGCCAGGAGGAGAUAGCUGCUGAGAUCGACAAACACCUGGCGGACCUGCAAGAAGCAGCGGAGAGGCUGGCGCAGAGCCAGAGGAGGGAGAGGUUCUUCUGCGAGCAGAUCGACGGGCUGAACAGCGAGAUGGGAAUGAUGCUCGAGGAGGUGAAGGCGAUCCGAGAGGAUGCCAAGGCGAACAGCAUGUUGACUCAGGCACCUCCGGAGGAUGGGAGCAGGGAGCGUUUCCUUCAGGAGCUAGAGCAAAUGACAAGCGUGUUCGAGGGAGAGCUGGAGGAGUUACAUUUGAAGCUGGUGAAAAGCAAGGAAAGCUGGAGCAAGGAGCACAUCGCUCAGAUCGGCAGACUGUCUUUCUUUGAAACCGUGGAAUCGAAACUGUCCCUGGUGUUGAAUAUGUCGUCGGGCCAAGGUACCACAAACUUGUCGGGCCCAUCAUUACCAUCUCAUCUCCCGCAACAAGAUUCGGAAGAUCUGAAGAUGAUGAUGGAGGAUCUAAAAGCAGCGCUGGAGGAGAUGAGGUCGCGCGACAUACAGGAUGAUGACAACUCUGUCUAUGUCGCCCACAUCGAUGACUUGGUUGUUGCGUAUGAGAGCGGAGUCUUCAACCGCAAGAGCACCAGCGUCGAUGGGGAUGAGCUGCGUUGGCAGGAGCAUGUCAACAGAGUUGCAGAGGAGGAGCUGAGAGCAGAGCUGCUGAAAGUUGGGCUCGUUACCGCAAGGCUGAAGACUCAGCAGGCAGUGAAAGAAAACCUGCACAACUAUCAGAUGUCGGAGAUGUCCAGCCAGAUCUCCAAGCUGCAACAAGACAAUCAGAUGCUGCAAGAGACGAUCCUCAACAAGGAAGACGCUCUGCGUGGAAAAGUCUGCAGCCAUUGCGAGGACGACAUCAUCGAGAUGCUGAAAGAGAACAAACGAUCUCUUCUGCUUGACCUUCACGCUCUUGAGAGUCUGAAGGAAAUCUUGAUGAAUCCAGCAUUCUGUUGUCAACGAGCAUGA